UUGUUUGACCUCGGGCAGUCUUCUUUUGUUUCCUCGCGGGACAGACGCUUCUGCAUAGCAGGGCGCACGCGAAGAGAAGGCACGCACACGUUCUACAGAUACGAUUAGUACAGCUUUAUUUUUCGACCAGUGGUGAAGCUAUAUGUGUCUAAGAAUGCACCCUUUACUCUUGAGACAGUUAACGUCUGCCACGUCUAAUGUUCGUCGUCUUCAGGUGCUAAGAAGCAGCGUGGAGGCUGCCUUGGUUACAACAGGCAGCCCAGCCCGGACAUUUGUUUCUUGUUAUCCAAGGCCACUGCGUAAGGCUGAGGUCAAGUAUGUACCCACCACAUGGUCCCGAAGUUUCUCAACUGUUGAAAACGGCAUUCUGAAGAGCAGGUUUCCAGACGUCAAUAUUCCUGGGAACGAGACCUUGACCCAGUACGUCACACAGCACUUUGAUGACUAUGGGAACGACGUCGCGAUCACAAACGGGGUUACCGGAGAAUCGUACACGUAUCUCCAGCUGCAAGACUUGAUCCGACGCUUCGGCAGCGCCCUCACGCGGCUAGGGUUCAAACAGCAUGACGUGUUGGCCAUCUUCAGUCCGAACGUGCCAGAGUACGCCAUAGCAUUCUUCGGGGCUUCCUCUGUGGGGGGUGUGGUGACGACUGCGAAUCCAACAUAUACACCAGAUGAGCUCGCAUACCAGUUGCAACAUUCCAAUGCGCAGUACGUCAUCACAAUACCGGAUGUGGCGGAAACAGUCAAAGCGGCCAAAAGCAAAUGUCCGAGCGUGAAAGAAAUCUUCGUUAUCGGAAGUGACGUGCCAGAAUGCCGAAACUUCAGCGACCUUCUCGCGGACGAUGGCUCGGCCUUUCCCGAGAACGUGUCCGUGAACACGGCCGAAGACGUGGCGGUGUUGCCGUACUCCAGCGGGACUACAGGCCGGCCCAAGGGCGUCGUCCUCACCAACAACAACAUCGUCGCCAAUCUCAGACAAAUCAUAAACAAGGGGAUGCUGGAAUUUAACCGCCAGGAGGACUGUCUGAUCGCGCAGUUGCCGUUCUUCCACAUCUACGGGAUGGUUGCCGUGCUGUCCUGCUGUUUACGUCAGGGCGUCAGGUUCGUCACCAUUCCACGGUUUGAGCCAGAACUCUACCUGCGCGUCAUUCAAGACUACAAGGUAAACAGGGUGAUGAUGGUCCCUCCCAUAGCCCUGUUCCUGUCUCAGCACCCGAUGGUGGACCAGUAUGAUCUGUCACGUGUGAAGGAUCUCAUGUGUGCUGCUGCGCCUAUGGGCAUUAACCUGACCAUGGCUCUCAGGGACAAACUCAAACCUCAAUCUCUCAGGCAAGGGUACGGACUAACAGAGACCAGCCCUGUCACACACCUGUGUGUGGAAGACGAAUUCGCACCUGGAUCAGUCGGCAUCACCUUACCAAACACGGAAGUUAAGGUGAUUCAUACAGAGACCGGACAAGCUCUUGGCGAGGGAGAAGACGGAGAAAUUUGUGUCCGUGGACCGCAGGUCAUGAAGGGCUACUUGAACAACCCCGAGGCAACAGCCGGGUGCAUUGACAGUGACGGGUGGUUCCACACGGGUGACAUCGGGCAUUAUGACGACAAGGGAUACUUCUACAUCGUUGAUCGUCUAAAGGAGCUGAUCAAGUAUAAAGGGCUUCAGGUCGCACCUGCGGAUUUAGAGGCGGUCCUGCUGGGCCACCCCAGCGUGCAGGACGUGGCCGUCAUCGGGGUGCCUGACGAGCGGGCCGGGGAAGUACCCAAGGCCUUCAUCGUCAAGAAGUCGGACGACGUCACGGAAAAGGAGAUCGUAGACUAUGUUGCAGGUAAAGUGGCACCAUUCAAGAAGUUGCGGGGCGGAGUUGAAUUUGUGAAUGAAAUCUCAAAGUCUGCCAGUGGAAAGAUCUUGCGAAGGACUCUUCGAGACAUGUCGAGAAAAUAAUUGAUGCAUCUCUAACUCAAUCUUCUUGCCAAUAUGUUAUGACCAGUAUAUGUAUAUAUACAGACUAGCACGUCCGGUUUGUGUCGACGAUUUACAGUAAUAAGAUAGAGACCAUUGGCGAGCCAACGCCGACCAGAAAGUAGUGAAUAACAGAAUACUGAAAAUACCUCAUAUUAAAUGGUUGCAUUGCUUCCACCGUAGAUUAGGGGACUGAUAACGCACUAGUCCAGAUUUUAAAUGAUAUUUCGCACGGAUAAUUAUGAUGCUUUGAUCAUUGAAAUAUAUCAUCUUUUUUAUUGUACCUAAUCUGGAUUUUAGAAUAAUGUUGAUUCUAGAUUCCCUAG